AUGAAGACCGGCGGCAUCGUCGUCCUGGUGAUUGUUCUUUUGCUUCUGGCAGCUGGUGUUGGCUGGAUCGUAUUUGCUCGCCUCCGCGCACAGAGAUUAGGGCUCCCACCUCCGCCUUGGGUGUCUUUUAUUCCGUUCUACAACUCCUCGCGUUCGAGCUACGGCGUGCAGCCUGCCCCCAGCGGCAUUGGCGGCUGGUUCCAGGACCGCUUCCGUAGCCUCAAGGGCGGCCGCAACAACCGCACCGCAGCGGGCGCUUACGAGGGUGCCGGCACAUCGGGCCGGGGUGCCGCGCGCCAUGGCUUCGGCCCUCUCGACCCGGACGAUGCCUGGGACUCGCGUGUCGGCGCCGAGGCCGACGCCUACUACUACAACGAAGAGCAGGAGCUGGGCCUCCACGCCGGCGGCAACCCGCACGCCAACAGCAGCCGCUUGAACGUGGGUGGCGCCGGCGGCGGCGGAGCACGCGCCGACACGGCGUAUCUCGGUGGUGGCGGCAUGGGCGGCUCGUCCUACGACAUGAACGUCCCAGCUGCCGCACCCUCGCAUGGCGACGGCGCCUUUGAGGAGCGCGGCCGCGCGCGCGGACGCAGCCCACACCCGGCGACGAGCGCAAGUCGCGGCGGUGGCGGCGGCGGCGGCGCCCCCAACCCGUUUGACGACGACGCUGCUGACCCGAGCAACAUCAGCCUGCGCGGCGUGAGCCCUCGGCCAAUGAUCGAUACCGGCGUGCACGACGGCCACAACGACGGCCACAACCCCGAGAGCCCGACGGAGCGCCGGUCCAUGUUCCACGAGAAUGUAUAG